GUCAAAUAAUGAGUUUUCCGUGUUGUUCCGUGUGUAAGAGCAGAUCGCCGUUCCUCGCCUACGAGAACGUCCUGGAGAGCGAGAACGCUCGCAAAAUAAUUAGAACUAUGUGCCAUUCCACGAAAAUCGUGUUAUGCCUGAAAUGCCUGCCGAAAGCCGAUCUGAUGCCUGACAGCAUUUUGAGGGACGAAGAGUUCCAUGAACUGUUGCUGGGCUUCGAUGCGUCGGAUCUCGACGUGUUCCACUCGUUGGGCGUCAUGGAUGUAAUCGUCAUUCCCAGAGAGGCGAGGAUUAACGUGCGCUUCAAGAAACUGCUACGGAAGCCGUUGCCGAAGGCUGUAAAACUUCAAAAACUAUUUCAGGCGUUCCCACCCGUUCAUCGGGUGAGGUUUCGUAAAUACGCCAGCAAAGAGGAGUGGUUUCAAGUUCUUUCUCAGAAGUGCGUCGAGAUAACAACGUUUUAUUUAAAUGAGCGCUCCUUAGAUUUACACGAUAAUUUUGAUCUCAUGGUCGAUCGCACUCCGCUGCACGAGCGCACCUCUAACAGGUCCCGAGGGAUGAAUUUUCCUGAAGAUUCGUUCGUAAUGCGGCACCCGGUAUCCCAGCCACAUACGCACAAUGUUUCAGUGAGUAGUCUAGGAUCCAAUGCCACCAACAAUCCGGAAAACGAUUUGGAUUCCGACGCUUUUAGUUCACAAUCGAUUCCUCGCCCCAACGAACUCGAUUCGGAAUCGUUGAACAUCAGCUCGCAAUCACUUCAUCCGGAUUCCAUGCAUUUGCUGCAUUCAGCUGGGAGUGUGACAAAUAUUGCUGCCCGUUCGAGUAGCGUAAGCAGUUCAGACGAUGGCACGAUCAUCAGAAUGCCCAUCACUACUGCACGGAAUGUUAGGCCGACUGUACUCGCAGAUUCGCCGCAACCUGGACCAAGCGGCUUGCAACAGCCAAGAUUAGCAGUGCCUGCUAGACGACGACACCCUGUUGCUGAGAACCCUAGCCCUGCAAAUUUCAGGGAUGUUAGUAUUCAAGGAGGACGAUUGCCACGCGUUCCUGGCGGAUAGUUAAACCUGCAACGUAAUAUCGGUACUGUUAAUUCUGUUUCUUAAGUUUAGUUUGGUUGCAUGGAGCGUUUCUAUAUAAUAAAUAUCUUCCUUGUGUGUUUGUUACCGAU